CUGGCUUUAUACGCUUAGUACGACCAGUAGUUGCUGCAGCUGCAAAGUAGCGCUGGUCCAAGGGUCGGGUGUCGCGGCACGGAUAUCAUGUCAUUCCGACUUGAAGUUGACGCAACGUACGCAGCGGAGGAUGAUGGGUUUCGCCGCCCGGUUCCAAUUAGUGGGCGGCGAUCUGACAUCAUUGGGCGCCGAUCUGACAUGAUCCCAGUUCCGACUAGUAGGCGGCGAUCUGAUAUGAUCCCAGCUCCUGUUACGCGGCGGUCUGAGAUGAUCUCGCUGGCAGGAAGCCCUGGGCCGGCGGCGGAAGAAGAAGCGACGGCCUUGGGAUCAACGCGGCGCGGCUGGGACUUGGAACAGUAUCCAUCGCCGUCGGCGGCUUUCGAGACGUCUCAAUAUCCCUCGCAGUCUGCGCCGUCUGCUUUCGAGGCGUCUCAACAUCCGUCGCCCUCCGGAGACAGCCGCCAUUUUUCCAGCUCCGCUGGUUCGCCGGGCUCCAGCCUUGCCGGUUCGGGACCUAGUCCCGUUGGUUCGGUUCCAAGCCGUGCAGCAUAUUCUGCGGCGUCGCAUGCGGCGGAUCAUGCGGUAGUAGCGGCAGAAGCGGCGACGGCGGCGCCAGUGAAGGGCUCAUCUGAGGUCGCACGGCUUCCCAAUUCACACAGCCUGAAACUAAUGACCCGCCAAGCGAAGUGCCUCGCCCGAUCCAGAUUUAGGAGAGCCAACACUGCUCCUUCUGCUCCCGCUGCUGCCACCGCUGCCGCCACCGCUGCCGCCACCGCUGCUGCCACCGCUGCCGCCACCGCUGCUGCCACCGCUGCUGCCCCCGCUGCUGCCCCCGCUGCCGCCUUCCGACGAGUUGCCACCACAGCGGGUUAUGCCAGUGCAGGCAACAACCGCCGGCGCUUAUUUCCGUCCUCUUCUUCUGCUCCCGCCGCUGCUGCCACCCCUACCGGCCUCCAACGAGUCGCCGCCACAGCGGAUGCUGCCAGUGCCGCACUGGCAGCCAAUAACCGGCACUUAUUUCCGUCCUCGUCUUCUGGUGGAGCAACUAUCGGCUUCCCCUUUCCACCCCAACCAACUUCGCCUGUACUGCCGACUUCGCCCCCGCUCUCUCCCCCCUCACCAACUCACAGCGCUGCUGCUGCCGUUGCUGCUGCUGCUGCUGCAAAUGCUGCCACUGCCACUGCUGUUGUAACAUCUACAGUGGUAGAAUCAACCCCGUCCGAACCCACCACCACCCAAGCCUCCCCGAAGCUCCAGGUUUCCCGAAUCCGGACCUGUAAGCGAGGCUUGGAGGCCUCCGCUCAAGGCUGUGGUAGCGCCAGAAAAGGCCACGGCACCGGGCGGCGGACUGGCGGCGGUACGGGUUACAACGAGCGGCAGAAUGCACAGCAGAGCGGGCGGCAGAAUGCGCAGCAGAGUGGUACCCGCAGUUACAGCGGGCGGCGCAAUAACCAGUGGCUGCCCGUUGACUUGCCAGAUGACGGGUACGACUGGUGCAAGUAUGGACAAAAGUUGCUAGUUGUCGAUUCCUGCUGCAUCCGCUCGUACUACCGCUGCUUCCUUGGGGAUCCCCGUCAGGGCCCCUCCUUUGCGCACCGGGAACCAUGCCCUGCCAAGAAAAUUGUAGACUGGAGAAUCACAACCGGUGUUCUAAGCUGUGCCGCCAUGCACCCGUCCACUGGUGGACGCUUGGAAGCGGGAGGUGUGACUGUAACAGGUGUGACUGAAGCCGGCCCAUCGUCAGCAGCCGAUGGCAUUGCUACCAGCGCUGAGAUUACUACGACUACUGAUGUCGCUCCCUCGGCCACCUUAUCUCCAGUCGUCACCUAUUUUAACGAGCAUAACCAUGAGGCGCCCAGCCCCUCCCACUCCCGCCCGCCUGCCUUGACCCGCCUGUACAUCCCCCGUAGACGCCUCCCCGCUUCCGUUACAAGCAUGUUGGUCUCUGGAGGUGCUUCACCCCGCCCUAACACUGCUGCUACAUCUCCGCCUGGAAGUAUCCCUGGGGGGGCUCAUGCGAGAGAGGCAGAGGACCGCAUAACAGAGAGCGGCAGUGGUAACCAGCGGCUCAUUUGUGAUUCAACUCAAAACCGGAGCGCAGUCACGAGUGAGACAGUGAGCAUGAGGGGGGAAUCAGCCGAAGCGGAUGGGGCAUGUAGGCCGCAGGGAGUCACCCCGGGUAGCCCCAGGUUGCUUGCGACAGAUUGCGGCGGUGGUAACCAGAGUGUGAGCAUGGGAGGGGCAGCAGCCGAAGCGGAUGGGGCAUGUAGGCCCCCAGGAGUCGCCCCAGGUAGCCCCAGGGUGACCAGAGUGUGGAACAUGAGAUUGGUUGCGACAGAUUGCGGCGGUGGUAACCAGAGUGUGAGCACGAGGAGGGAAGCAGCCGAAGCAGAUGGGGCAUGUAGGCCCCUGGGAGUCACCACAGGUUUCCCAUCAGGUGUCCCAUCCCUGGAUAAUGGGCAGGAGGCGUUGAGAGUGCUGAUAGAUACUGGCGCUGGUGCUGCUCGUGUAACUGCUGUUGUUGGUGCCGGCGUUAUGAGGGCAGAGCCAAAUUUCCUUGGCUCACCAGUAUCCGAGCCAGCAGUAUCCGAGCCAGCAGCAUUACAGUACCCAGGCCAGCGUCCGUUCCUGCCAGGGCAACCGGACCUAUCAGCAACACACCCGAAGCAACCGGCGCCACUGCCAGCAGCAUCCGAGCCAGCAGUCGUGCUGCUGCCCUCUGCUGCCCCCUGCUGGGACCUCAGCACCAGGCAACUAUUGAGUCGACUCAACAGUCACCUGCCGCCCUCUGCUGGAGCCUCACCGCCAGGAGGCAGCAGCAGCGCCGGGGGUUGGGGAGGUAGUGGGGGUGUUAUGGGUGGUGGGACUGGUGGGACUGGUGGGAUUGGUGGCACUGGUGAGAUUGGUGGGACUGGUGGGAGUGGUGGGACUGGUGGGAUUGGUGGGACUGGUGGGAGUGGCGGGAGUGGUGGGAGUGGUGGCACUGGUGGCACUGGUGGCACUGGUGGGACUGGUGGGACUGGUGGGACUGGUGGCACUGGUUGCACUGGUGGCACUGGUGGUCCUUGUGUCAUUAUCAAGCGCGAAUUUUUCCCUGCCGACUCGAUGGGCACGCUCGUCGCAGCCCACAACGCCCCUGCUGCAUCGCUCUUCCCUGGCUCACUCCCCACCCAAGCUGCUGCUGCUGCUGGUGGUGGAGGGGCGGGAGAAGUGGAGGGAGGGGGGCUUUUUGCUGCCUAUGACACCACCGCCAUAUCGCUCUUCUCUGGCGUUCUCCACACGGGGACCACUGCUGCUGGGGGGGCAUCAAUGGAGGUGGAGGAAGGGGGGCCCGUUGCUCCCCACAGCGCCACCGUCCCAUUGCUCGUCCCUGGCUCACUCCAAACCCAGAUCGCUGCUAUUGAAGAGGCUGGUCAGGUGGAGGGAGGGGGGAUCCAGGGGAGGGUUCAGGUGGGUGAGGGAAUGUCCGUGGCUCAGCUGAACAGGCUGAGGGAGAAGAAGCCAGUGCAGCGGCAAUGUGGGGUGGCAGGGAGUGGCGGUGGUGGUGGUUGUGGUGGUGGUGUAGGUGGAGGAGCGCUAGGGAGCGGUAUGGCGAUGGGAGGCAUGGCAUUUCCUUUGGAGGAGAUGUGGCAGCAGCAGCAGCAGAAGCAGCAACGGCAGCAGAUGCUCCUAGCUGAAGCUUUUAAGUGCACUUCCACGACCAUCGCAAAAAAUGUAUGCUCGCAAAACGAUUGCGUAGCAUUCGCGCAAAUGCUUUGCAAACGUUUUGCGAACAUGUGGGUGAAAAUUCAUGGCGGACUUAGAUUAGAACACUUGGCGAAUGCUUUGACAACAUUUCCCAAAACACUUUUUGGUUCACGACAGCGAAUGCUUAGAGGUGUCUUUUCGGUAAUCUCCGUGGUUCGUUUACAAAUGCAUGGCGGCGUUCUUUCUACAACUUUUGCAGUAAACAUGUAAAUGCAUAGAGAAGUUUAUGCUCACCAUUUUUAGUAUUCAGCAUGAUUUGUUGCAAACGUUUGGCGGUGUUUUUCAUGGAUCCGUUUUUGCAGGCUGCAGUACCCUUUUGGGCAUGGUUCAGUACAAUUAGGGCAUGCCUCGUUUGGAUUUACUUAAAAUG